AUGCGAUUUGGGAAAAAGGGCAAGCUGAGUGCUAAAUAUGUAGGCCCAUAUGAAAUUUUGGAGCGCAUUGGGAAAGUAGCUUAUAGAUUGGCAUUGCCAAUGGAGUUUGAAAAGAUGCACGAUGUGUUUCACAUAUCCCAAUUGAAGCGCUAUAUCCCUGAUGAGCGCCAUGUGUUAGAGCCUGAACGAGUGCAGAUAGAUAGUAGCCUCACUUAUGAGGAAAGACCUGUCAAGAUUCUCGACAGGAAAGUGCGUAGUACGCGUAACAAGGAUGUGCAUAUUGUCAAAGUUCUUUGGUCUAACCACGAGUCAGAAGAGGCAACGUGGGAAGCCGAAGAGGAUAUGAAGAAAAAGUAUCCAGACCUAUUCCUUGAGGCGGAGAAUUCACUGUAGGGGACUUUUAGUGCUUAAAAGUGGCCUACCGUAACGUUUAUACGAGAGUCAAUAAAGCAUUGACAUUACAGGUUCGAAGAUGCAUACAUUGG